UAAGCAUGGAUAAAUGGUUCGCACCUGCUCUUAGUUGUAUGGAUAAACAGUUUUUUGACUGUCGUAUUAUAAUAGGAUCCAAAGUAUUCGAGUGUCAUAAGAUAAUUCUGGCAUGUGCCUCGGAUGUCUUUAAGCGCAUGAUGUUGACGGAGUGCAAGGAAUCAAUUUCUGGUGACAUAUUCUUAGACAAUGUAUCGCCAGAGACUUUUGAAAUUUUUCGUCAAUAUAUUUACUCUUACAACCUAGUCAAACUGAAUGAACAUGAAAAUGCAACGUUAAUGGAUCUAUACAUAUUCGGUAACCAAUGGCUUGUACGUUCAAUAAGCAACGAUUGUAUGCAGUUGUUGAUCGAGCGUGUUAAUACCAUGAAAGUUGAAGAACUUAUUGAUUUGUUUGAAUUCGCUUACAACUUCGACACUCUGAUAUUUUUAAAGAAUAUAUGGCCACCGUAG